UGUCAAUGUCAAAUUAGUAAAAUAAAUUUGUUGUUUUGUAAAAAAGAGGUUUUUGUUUUGUUUCGUAUCGUAUUGUUUGGGAUUGGCUUCGAUAAGUAAAAAUUUUAGUGUGAUCAAAAUGGCAGGGGAAGUUGUUGUAGACGCGUUACCAUACAUUGACCAGGGCUAUGAUGAUCCAGGAGUUAGGGAAGCGGCUUUAGCUAUGGUGGAGGAAGAAUGUAGACGUUAUAGACCAACAAAAAAUUAUCUAGAAAACGCUGGACCAGAACUGAGUACAUCAUUUGAAACGCAAGCGCUGCAAAGAGAAAUGGAACGUGUACAACAGCGAUUACCGAUGGAACCAUUGUCAAUGAAAAGAUAUGAGUUGCCUCCUCCACCGGCUGGUCGUCUAGGAGAGCCGGCUGCUUGGGCAGAGUCAGUUGAUAAUUCUCAUGCACAGUUGUCACACCAGGCUAUUAGGGUGUUGAACUUAGAAUUGCAGCUGCAGUAUGGCUCUGAGGCUUGGAGGUCAUAUUUAAAUACAUUACAAGCACUUGUCACUCGGGCCCAAAAUGUCCAUACACAGUUACGGAAACAAAUAGCAUCAGUUAACUGGGAACGUAAGAGGUCACAAACAGCAAGUGGAGCUCGGUUGCGUGCACUGCGCAGACGCUGGGCACAUCUUGUCUCAGACAACUACAGGCUGGAGAGAGCUGUUAUGCAACUUGAAAUACAACUGCAAAAGGCUAAAGGUCAGACUCCGUCUGAUGAUGGUGAGCCAGCAGAUAUGGAAGCGGUGAAAUUAUUGCCAGAUAAACUCAAUUCAGAGUCUGAAAAGGAAGUUCAGAAGAAAAUUGAAGAUAUGUUUGCAGAUUAGUUUUUAGGAGUACAAUUUUAUAAUAAUAAUGGAAAGUUGUUUAAUUUA